AUGGACACCGGCUUGGCCAUGAAUGUGCUGCCGAUGAGCCCCGCCGGCUCGUCGGCUGUGACCACCGGGGAUCUGAGGAGGGGCGCGUGGACGGCGGAGGAGGACCUUCUGCUCGUCGACUACAUCUCCCGGCACGGCGAAGGACGCUGGAACUCGCUCGCUCGAUGCGCAGGCCUGAGGCGCACCGGGAAGAGCUGCCGGCUCCGGUGGCUCAACUACCUCCGCCCUGACGUCCGGCGCGGCCACAUCACGCCGGAGGAGCAACUCCUCAUACUCGACCUGCACUCCCGGUGGGGCAACCGGUGGUCAAAGAUCGCGCAGCACCUCCCGUGGCGAACGGACAACGAGAUCAAGAACUACUGGCGUACCAGGGUGCAGAAGCACGCCAGGCAGCUCGGAUGCGACGUCAACAGCGACCGCUUCCGGCAGGUCGUCAGGCUCGUUUGGAUGCCGCGCCUCCUCGAGCGCAUCCAGGCGGAAAGCUCCUCCUCCGCCGCUGCUGCCAGCGAGUACGUCGCACUGCCGGUGGCUGGCGAAUCACAGUCGUACCACUGCUUCAAUCACGCGAGCAGCGAGUGUUGGACAGCGGUGGUCGCCAUGAGCCCCGAUACCUCGAGCACGCCUCGGUAUUCGCUGUCAUCGACGGAGGCGUCACAUGGAGGGCAUUUCCCAGAGUGGGGCUCUGCCGCUGCCACGGCCAACAUUGAGGGUUCGAUGAUGCACUCCUGCAGCGGCGAGGGUGGGGCCGUAGGUGGCGAUCAUCACGUUUUCCCUGGCGACAAACUCAAUGAGAGCUGGUCGGAGCUCCUCGCUGCCAGCGAUGUCCCCGGUUUCGAGUUCGAAGAUAGCUUGUGGAGCCUAGAGGAUAUUUACUCAUAUAGAUGA